GAAAACGGAGAGAAAACGUCAAUACAUUUUGGAUUUCGAAAAAUAUAUUUGUUAUUAAAUUUGACAUACAUAAUUUGUAAUGUUUACAAAAAUAAAUAUUUGUAUAAAAAACAAGUAUAAAAUGUAUUUUUGUUAAAAAAAUAUUUACAUUUUAUUUAUUAUUUAUAUGAAAAAAAUUUAUAAAAGUUUUAUAUUAUUAUAAAUUUGUAAUAAAAUGGCUGAAUUUGUACGCGGUGGUCCUAGUGUAUCAAAUAGCUCAAAGACUGGUUUUCAAAUUGAUCAUCCAAGUAAAGGUGGAUCACCAAGUACUGGUAGUGAAGAUGGAGGUCCAAAUGAAUCGUUUAAUGUUGAAAAUGAAUUUGAUCCAUUUCUUGAAAAUAUACCAGAUGAUUUACAAGACAUGGAAGAGCCAGAUAGUAGAAAUAAUACAUUACUCACAGCUCCACCAGAAAAUCAAUGGUAUCAUGGACGUCUUGAUAGAUUUACAUCUGAAGACAGACUAUGGGAUACAAAUAAAAUGUCAAGUUAUUUAGUACGUGAAAGUGAUAGAAAACCAGGAAGUUAUGUAUUAUCAUAUCUUGGCCGAACAGGAAUAAAUCAUUUUCGUAUAACAGCUGUUUGUGGUGAUUACUACAUUGGUGGACGUCAAUUUAAUAGUUUAACUGAUUUAGUUGCUUAUUAUACACAUUGUUCUGAUUUAUUAAAACGUGAACGUCUUAUUAAUCCAAUACCACCACCAGAACCAGUUAAUGAUAAAAAAAGAAUUGUUGCUAUUUUACCAUACACAAAAAUGCCAGACACUGAUGAGUUGAGUUUUCAAAAAGGUGAUAUAUUUUUUGUUCACAAUGACAUGGGUGAUGGUUGGCUAUGGGUUACAGCACAUAGAACUGGUGAACAAGGUUUAAUAUUUCGUGAUUUAGUUGAUGAUUUGGAUGAAUCAAUUGAUCCAAAUACUGUAUUCUCAUGGUUUCAUCCAAAUGUGACUAAAAGUGAAGCUGUUGAUAUGCUUGUUAAAGCUGGUCCUGGUAGUUUUUUAGUAAGACCAUCAGAUAAUAGUCCUGGUGAUUAUUCAUUAUUUUUUCAUAUCAAUAAUCAAAUACAAAGAUUUAGAAUUGAAAAAAAAGGUGUACGUUAUUUAAUGGGUGGUAGAACAUUUGAAUGUCUUGAUGCUGUUAUUAAUCGUUAUCGUAAAGAACAAAUUGUCGAGGGACAUACAUUGGUACAAGCUAUGGUUACACAUCCAGAUGGUAGUGUACGUGUUAAUAAAGAAAUAAAACAUGCUGAAAAAAUAUAUGCAACAUUACGUGAAUGUCGUGAACAAUCUGGUGUUAAAAAAACAAAAGGUAUUAAAAUGCAAGGUUAUUUAGAAAGAAAAUCAGAAAAAAAUAAAAAAUGGAAAUUAUUAUAUUUUGUUCUUACUGUUGAUGCAUCAGAUACACAUCUUUAUCUUUAUGAUAAUCCAAAAAGAACAAAACCAAAAGGUCUCAUUGAUUUAAGUUGUGCAUAUUUAUAUCAAGUACAUGAAAGUGUAUUUGAUAGACCACAUUGUUUUCAAAUUGUUGAACGUGCAUUACCAUGUUUAUCAACAAUAACAUAUUUAUCAUCAACAAAUUUUGAAAUAUCACAAGAAUGGAUUAAUUCAAUAAAACCAUUAUGUGUAUCACAACUAACAAGAACACCAAAAGUAUCACGUUUACGUGAAUUGCGAUCAUUGCAUUUACAUAUAUUAGAUGCACAUAGAUUACCAUAUAAGCUAGUACCAAAUCCAUUUAUAAUAGUUGCAUUAAAUAAUGUUAAAGUUGCACGUACUAAAAUUAAAACUGGUACACAACCAUUAUGGGAUGAAGAAUUUAUACUUGAAGAUAUACCAUCAGAUGUUAUGAGUUUUUCAUUGACACUAUAUAAUCAUGGUAAAAGAAGUAAAGAUACUGAAGUUGCUGAGGUGAUUGUUGAAUUAACAAAUUUACCAAAUGGUGAAGAAAUUGAUGAAUGGUAUCCACUAGUUGGUGUAACACCAAUUGGUGAAUGGGGUGCAUUACGUUUACGUAUACGUUAUCGACAUGAUUUAGCAAUGCCACCAGAAGAAUAUAGUCCAUUACAACAAUUAUUGCUUGAUCCUGAAUUACAUGUUGUACGUGCAUUAUCUGAUGUUUGUCAUCUUGAUCGUGUACCACUUGCUAAUAGUCUAUUACGUAUAUUUAAAUGUGAAAAUAAAGAAGCUGAUUUAUUACGUUUAUUAAAUCAAGCUGAAGUUGAUACGGAAGAUGAAACACCAACAUUAUUUCGUGCAGCAAGUUUAACAACAACAUUAAUGGAUCUUUAUAUGAAAUCAGUAUGUACAUCAUUUUUAAAAGUUGCAUUACGUGAUACAAUUGUUAAAUUAAUUGAUAGUAAACAAAGUUGUGAACUUAAUCCAACUAAAAUGGAUUCACCAGAUGAUGCAUGUAAUAAUGCUGAAUUUUUAUUACAAGUACUUGAUGAAGUUACAUUAAGUAUAUUUACAAGUCCUGAUUCAUGUCCAAAAACAUUGAGAUAUAUUUGUGGAUGUUUACAAAGAGCUGUUGUUACCAAGUGGCCACAUGAACGUCUUGUUAGAACUCGUGUUGUUAGUGGUUUUAUAUUUUUACGUUUGCUAUGUCCAGCAAUACUUAAUCCAAGAUCAUUUAAUUUAAUUUCUGAGCCACCACCAUCAGCUGCUGCUAGAUCACUCGUUAUGAUUGCCAAGUGUCUACAAAAUUUAGCAAAUCUUGUUGAAUUUGGAAGGAAAGAACCAUACAUGGAAGUUGUUAAUCCAUUUAUAUUAAAAAAUAAAGAAAGAAUGGUUGUUUUUCUUGAUCAAAUAUCGAAUAUAACUGAUAAACCAGAAUAUGAAAGUGAUGAUCAACGUAACAUGAGUAAUUGUGUAACAGAUACAGCAAGAGAUCUAGCAACACUUCAUCAUAUUUGUGUUUCACAUUUACCUGAGCUUCAAGUACUCUCAAAAACUCAGGCAACAAUAAAACAACUAGUUACUGUCACCGAAAUGCUGACUAAACAUAAACAGAAAUACAUGGAAAUGGUACGGUAGUAAUUUCAAAGAUAAACUAUAUAUCCAAAAGAAAAACGAAAAAGACCCGAAAAUGCAUGAUAAAUGAUAAUAAUUAUUUGGAUAUAAUUAAUAAAUUAUUUUUAAUAAUUAAAAUAAUUAUGUAACGCGCAGUAGUAAUUAAAAAAAAAAAUCAAUACGAAUUAAGUUAUUAAAC